AUGGCUUCAACCAACGGCCUCUCUAGCAGCGCAACCAGCACCAUAGCAGUUCUGCGUGUACUCAUCGGCGGAGGCGUCCUCAUUGCCCCAAGCCACGCCCUACCCCUCUUCGGCAUUCCUCUAGCCGCGCAGACCACUAUCCUGGCCCGGAUGUGCGGCAUCCGUGAGCUCAUACUCGCAGGCCUUCUUUGGAGUGCGCGAACAGCUUCCAACACUACGUCGAAAAGUGCAGCUUCUGAUGGAGAAGUGAGGCGAGAGCUUAGGCGCGCGCUGAUGGCUGGGCUGGUUGCUGAUGCAGUGGACGUGUGCAGCGCCGUUGUUGGUGUCAUGGAAGGAACUCUUGAGGGAGCCGCAAUCGGGUGGAGAACGUCCUCGAUCAGGCCUGACUAG